AUGUUUAUCCAGGUCCGCUGGGUAGUGGAAUCGGCUAACGCCCGAAUAAAGAGGUGGAAGUACUUAGAUAAGGUUCUCCCAACAAAUCAAGUUCCUCAUAUCGGAGAUUAUAUAAGAAUCAUUUGUGCCAUUUCAAACAAGUUCCUUCCUCCACUUUCAUCAGCUCAUGAUGACGAUUUUGCUGUGGCAGCAAAAAUGUUAUACCUCAGCUGUCAAGUAAACACAUUGAAAGAACGUGUCGAGAAAGAAAAUCUACAUAGCAGAAAAACAACAAUGUGGACAGAUGCAUCUUCUGUUCAAGAUUUUCCAAAGCUAUCAGAGGAACAGCUUCGUGAAAUAACAUGUGGGACCUACCAACUCAAACUUUCAAAAUUCUACAUCCAGGAGCACCUAGAGGGAAAUCAGGACAUCCUUGUCCACAAAGAGGACCCCCACCUACUAAAGGUGAAAAUGCAAAGUCGCCAUGUUUCAUCCAAGUCUCAUGUCUUGUGGAUAUCUUACAAUGCAGCAGAGGUAACAGCGUGGUAUUGUCUUUGCAAGACAGGCGCAAGAGUGGUCGGUGUGUGUGCACACGUUGCAUCCAUACUCUGGUAUCUUGGAUAUGCCAGGCACAUGCAGGGCAUGGACAACAUCGGUAUAAGGGAUUGGGCCGCCUAUGUUGAAGAUGCAGCCAACAUUCCAGAGACGAUAGACACUUCCGACAGCGAUGACAGUAUUUGCGAAGAAUAA